UUUUUUUUUUUUAAUUUAUAAAUUGGUAUCUUAAAUUGCAUACACUAUUAUAAUAAAUAUGUUCUUUAUUUAUCAAUUAUAAAAAAAAAUAUUUCAAAUGAUUUUUAUAACUUUAUUUUAUUCUCAAUUACAAAUUUUAUUAUUUUUAUUUUCUAACAAUCAAACAUAAAAAAUAAAAUUUUUAAUUAUGUAUAUUAUAUAUUUUCUAAGUUCUUUAUGAACCAUAAAUCAACCACUAAUCACGAAUCACUCAUGUUGUUUCUUUUUAUCCAAUUAUUAAUUUAUUAUUACUAGAAAGUAGAAUCUCAAGUUCUCAACAGGUGAAAUCAUCGGAGGUGGUGUGAGAUGAAGACGGGUCGGCGGCCGAUCAAUCCCACCGGGAAAAUAACUCACUUCAGUAUGAGCGGUUUUUCACAUAAUCCCCGGAGCCAAUUAUAGCUACUCUCUGUAAUCUUGAGAUUUUGUUCCGAUCCGAUUUCUUCUUCACCCCGGAUUUUCCAGAAUCAGCGGCAUCGCAUGUUCUUCGCUCAGCUCGUCUUAUCUAAUCCGAACUUCUCACUAUAAAUUGGAUUUGAUUCACAGCUCUUCUCAUUUCCCGAGAACCGAACAGCUUCACAACACCGUACAUAAGUCAACUUCUUCUUUGAUUCUUGUUCAAUUCUCCUCAAUCAAUGGCGAAACACGAAGAGCUCCCAAUUCCCGAACUCUCGUCGCUCGAGCCCGUCUAUGGCGACGGAUCUCUCCUCGAAGAAGCGCAGCUUCGGUUCGACAGAUUGAAAUCCAAGUUCGUCCAAGUCUUCAGCCACCCUCCCGACCUCUUCGCUCGAUCUCCAGGGCGGGUGAACUUGAUUGGAGAGCACAUUGAUUAUGAGGGGUACUCGGUGUUGCCGAUGGCGAUACGGCAGGACACGAUUAUGGCUAUUCGAAAGCACGACGCAGGCGAGGCUCAAAAGCUUCUCAGAAUUGCGAAUGUUAAUGAUAAGUAUACAAUGUGUACUUACCCUGCUAAUCCUAACAAGGACGUUGAUUUGAAGAAUCACAAAUGGGGCCAUUAUUUUAUUUGCGCGUACAAAGGUUUUUAUGAAUAUGCUAAAUCAAAAGGAGUGGAUGUCGGUGAACCUGUUGGACUUGAUGUGGUUGUUGAUGGAACCGUUCCUACAGGGUCCGGACUAUCGAGCUCUGCAGCUUUUGUCUGUUCUGCUACAAUUGCUAUAAUGGCUGUCUUUAAUGUGAACUUUCCAAAGAAAGAAAUUGCCCAACUUACAUGUGAAUGUGAACGACACAUUGGAACACAGUCUGGUGGAAUGGACCAGGCAAUCUCAGUUAUGGCCCAAUCUGGGUUCGCAGAGCUGAUUGAUUUCAACCCUAUUCGUGCAACUGAUGUGCAACUUCCAGCUGGUGGCUCUUUUGUAAUAGCCCAUUCAUUGGCAGAAUCCCAGAAAGCAGUAACUGCUGCUACAAAUUACAAUAACCGUGUCGUUGAAUGCCGGCUAGCUGCUAUUGUCCUCAGUAUAAAGCUCGGAAUGAAGCCUCAAGAGGCAAUAUCCGCUGUAAAAACUCUCUCUGACGUUGAGGGGCUCUGUGUAUCAUUUGCUGGCGCCCAUGGCUCUUCUGAUCCUGUCCUGGCUGUCAAGGAGUAUUUGAAAGAGGAACCAUAUACUGCUGAAGAUAUUGAGAAGAUAAUUGAGGAGAAUCUUCUUUCAGUUUUCAGCAAUUCUCCAACUUCUCUGGAUGUGCUAAAAGCUGCCAAACACUUUAAGUUAUUUCAGAGAGCCUAUCAUGUGUAUUCUGAAGCAAAGCGUGUACAUGCUUUCAAGGACACAGUAUCAUCAAAAUCAAGUGAGGAGGACAUACUAAAGAGGCUUGGUGAUCUUAUGAAUGAGAGCCACUACAGCUGCAGUGUUCUAUAUGAGUGCAGCUGCCCUGAGUUGGAAGAGCUCGUCAAGAUUUGCCGGGAUAAUGGUGCUCUUGGGGCGAGGCUCACCGGAGCUGGAUGGGGUGGCUGUGCUGUUGCUUUGGUUAAAGAGGGUAUUGCUCCACAGUUCAUCCUUAAUUUGAAGGAGUCUUUCUUCCAACCAAGGAUCGAACGGGGGGUGAUCAAUGAGAAUGAGCUUGGCCUCUACAUUUUUGCUUCCAAGCCAUCAAGUGGUGCUGCCAUUUUUAAGUUUUAAUAGUUUCUUCAUCACUUGCUUUACUCUUGCUCUCCUCGCUCUCAAAAAAGAGGCAGUGUGAGAAACUUUGGCCGGUUCGGCUUGAUGUAUGACUAAUUAAUACUUUUAAUUAAGUCUCAUUGGAUAAAUUAUAAA